AUGGGCGUCCGUCUUUUGAUCCGAAGGGCCCGAACGGUCUUCAGCCGUAUGGCGGCCUCUGACGCUGCAAGCUCAACCGACAUACCUCCCCCAGCGGAUGGAAUCCAACCAAGCAAGAUAGAUCCUGCCACCGACACAGAACUUCAACAGGCGGAUAUGCCGGGGGAAGACCUCCAACAUGGUGUCCGCGAUAUUGAGGCCAUCACCUUGACCUGGUCCAAGACAACCUUGGCUCUGGUUUUUAUCAAUAUCUGGUUCCUAUAUUUUGUCAACGCCUUCCAAUCUUCAGUCUUCUCCAGCUUGAGCCCUUACGUGUCCAGUUCCUUCUCGGCUCACUCACUGUCUGGUGUGCCUGUUGCGCUUGCCGAUGCUUUUGCGGCAGCAAGUUAUAUCCCCGUCGGAAAGAUGAUGGAUACCUGGGGCCGUGCAGAGGGGUUUUUGCUGAUGACAUGUUUCGCUACACUGGGAUUGAUUCUCUUGGCCUCUUGCAACAGUUUUGCCAUCUACUGUACUGGAUAUGUCUUUUACAAUCUCGGAUUCAGCGGCAUGGAAUACUCCAUUGAUGUGGUGACCGCCGAUGCCUCCCAACUGAAGAACCGAGGCCUCGCGUAUGCCUUCACUUCUUCACCAUACAUUAUUACUGCAUUUGCCGGAGCAAAGGUAGCAGAUGAGUUCUACUACCAGGUCAGCUGGCGAUGGGGCCUGGGUUGUUGGGCUAUCAUCUUCCCCAUUGUGGCGGCGCCUUUGUACUUCAUCCUCAAGACCACUCUCCGCAAAGCGGAAAGGGAAGGUCAUCGGAUCAAGGAAAAAAGUGGUCGCACAUUUUUGCAAGGUGUCUGGUAUUGGACUAUGCAGUUUGAUUUGCCUGGUGUUUUCAUGUUUACUGGUGGACUAGUCAUCUUCGAACUUCCUUUCGAUAUCGCAAGUGAAGCACCCAAUGGCUGGGGCUCGGAUUAUAUCAUCGCCAUGCUUGCUGUCGGGUUCUCGAUGCUCUUUUUCUUCGCCAUCUACGAAAAUUGGAUAGCUCCCGUGCCUUUGCUCAACAUUACCUUCCUCACCGACCGAACCGUUGUCGGUGCCUGUCUUCUGGAUGCCACCUAUCAGCUAUCCUUCUACUGCUGGAACAACUACUUCACCUCCUUCCUCCAGGUGGUCAACGGCCUAACGAUUGCCGAGGCUGGAUACGUGAAUAACACAUUCGAUGUCGUGUCCGGUGUCUUACUCUUCUUCGUCGGCUGGGCUAUCCGAAAGACCGGUCGGUUCAAGUGGUUGUUAUACAUCUCUGUUCCCCUUUACAUCUUUGCUCAGGGAUUGAUGAUCUAUUUCCGUAAGCCUGGUAUGCGCGUCGGAUACCAGGUUAUGUGCCAGAUUUUCAUUUCGAUCGGCGGUUCGAUCUUUAUUAUCGUCGAGCAGAUUUCUAUUUUGGCUGCCGUAGAUCAUCAACACGUCGCUGCUGCAUUGGCUUUGUUGAACGUUGUUGGUACUAUCGGCGACUCCGCCGGUUACACUAUUUGCACAGCUAUCUGGACUAAUACCUUCCCCGGCGCUCUUGCGAGAUACCUCCCAGCGUCUGAAUUGUCAAACUUGGACAACAUUUACGAAGACAUCACAGUGCAGACUAGCUAUCCCAUGGGGAGCGAGGUCAGACUGGCUAUCCAGGCCGCUUACGGCUAUUCCGAAGUCAUUAUGCUUUCGGUUGGUGUGGGUAUCAUGGGUCUGGCCAUCAUUUGGACCAUGUUGAUCAAAAACCUCAAUCUCAAGGAGAUCGCCCAGGUCAAGGGUACUGUCUUCUAA